AUGGACAUGGACGUCCACAGUAACAAGAAAAAUAACAUAAACAUCAGCAUCGACGACAUACUUCCUGCAGAGUUGGUACGAGAAAUCUUAAUGAGGAUUCCCAUAAAAAACCUUGUGCGUCUAAGGUGUGUUUCCAAGCUAUGGAACACUUUGAUCUCAGACCCCAACUUGCCAAAAUCCCAUUUUGAUCUCUCUCUGGCACCAUCACAUAGACUCCUCGUCUAUCCCGACGAUUCCACCAAGCCAACAACUGUUGAUUUAGAUGCACUCAUAUAUUCAAUUCAUGCAGGGGGAUACAAGAAUUAUAGUCCUAUGCGGAAGCUUCUCAAGCGCUCCGCUAUGUUUGGCUUUGGAUACGAUGCAUCAGAAGAUGACUACUUGGUCCUUUUUGCUUGGAGGAAUACCAGACAAAUGGAAGACUGCUUGGGUUUAUUUUCUUUGAGAACCAAUUCAUGGACGACUUCUAAGGUUACACUUCCAAAAGACCCUUUAAAGAAGAGAAUUAUCUCGCUGUCUGGGGUGUUUCUCAAUGGGGCUAUUCAUUGGUGGAUUGCCCCUCGUUUUGGUACUGGUAUAGGUAUUGAUUCUGGUGGUGCUAUUAUUCUUGUCUUUGAUAUGAUUGAAAGGCGUUUCUGGGAGAUGCCUGUGCCAAAAGAAAUAAUGACGAAUUACCAUCCUCCUGGGGCUCUUGUGGAACUGGGAGGGUGCCUAGCCAUUUGGUUUUCAAAUUUCGACAAGAAAACCGACAUAUGGAUUAUGAAAGAAUAUAAAGUGCAGUCAUCUUGGACAGCAUACAAGAUUCCUUGUUUUUUCUUUAGGCCUUUGUACUUAUCCAAUGAUGGGGAUAUCAUUGGAUUUGAUAUGUUAAAAUCAUGUUUGGCAAAAUAUAAUGUUAAUAAUGGAGAGAUGCUCCAAAGUUGUGGCAAAUUUUGUGGUUUGAAUGACUUUUGCAUGUAUACAGAGAGUUUAUUGGCUCUUCCUGAUGAUUUUAUGGAAGAUACGAAUCAAGACCAAUCUGGAAAGUGCCAAACUGGAAAGAGAUUUAAGAGGGCACCAAUUUGGAGAACAUGA